UGCGUGUGCCCAUCCUGCCAGAGAGGGGAGCAGAGCGCUCUGCUGGGAACCAACGUUACAUGGUGCUCAAUUUUUCAAGAUGUCGUCGCUGGAACAGAGGCUGUCGCGAAUCGAGGAGAAACUAAAGCAGGAAAAUGAAGAGGCUCGCCGGAGAAUCGACCUUAGCAUCGACAUGAGUCCGCAGCGGACGCGUCCGAGGCCGAUCAUCGUGAUCCAGCUCAGUCCUGCUCCAGCCCCUUCCCAGCGUGCAGCCCUCCAGCUGCCACUGGCCAACGACGGGGGCAGCCGAUCGUCGUCUACAGAGAGCUCGCCUCAGCAUCACCCUUACCCAAGCCGCCCGCGACACAUGCUCACCCUGCCCACUCCUCCGUACGGCCUGCAGAAGAGCUUAGAGAAUGCAGAGAUUGACCAGAAACUCCAGGAGAUCAUGAAACAGACGGGUUAUCUAAAGAUCGAUGGUCAGCGGUAUCCAGCGGAGGUGACGGACCUGAUCAGUGAGGGGGAGAUCGGCAGCGGCACCUGCGGACAAGUCUUCAAAGUGCGAUUCAAGAAGACCGGCCAUGUCAUUGCGGUCAAACAAAUGCGUCGCACGGGAAACAAGGACGAGAACAAGAGGAUCCUGAUGGACCUGGAUGUGGUGCUGAAGAGUCAUGACUGCCCGUACAUCAUCCAGUGCUACGGCGCCAUAGUCACCAGCACGGAUGUAUUCAUCGCCAUGGAGCUGAUGGGAACGUGUGCAGAGAAGCUGAAGAAGAGAAUCCAGGGCCCCAUCCCAGAGCGAAUCCUUGGCAAGAUGACCGUGGCCAUAGUGAAGGCGCUGCUGUACCUGAAGGAGAAGCACGGCGUCAUCCACCGGGACGUCAAACCCUCAAACAUCCUCCUGGACGCGAAAGGUCAGAUCAAGCUCUGCGACUUCGGCAUCAGCGGGCGCCUCGUCGACUCCAAGGCCAAGACCCGCAGCGCCGGCUGCGCCGCCUACAUGGCGCCCGAGAGAAUAGACCCUCCAGAUCCCACCAAACCUGACUAUGACAUCCGAGCAGACGUGUGGAGCCUCGGCAUCUCUCUGGUGGAGCUGGCCACUGGACAGUUUCCUUACAAGAACUGCAAGACAGACUUUGAGGUCCUGACCAAAGUGCUGCAGGAGGAUCCUCCUCUGCUGCCUCUCGGCAUGGGCUUCUCCCUCGAUUUCCAGUCCUUCGUCAAAGACUGCCUCACAAAGGAUCACAGAAAAAGGCCAAAAUACCUCCAGCUGCUGGAGCAUAAUUUCAUCCGCCGUUACGAGGUGCUGGACGUGGACGUGGCCGGUUGGUUCCAGGCGGUGAUGGAUCGCACCGAGUCGCCUCGCAGCAGUCAGUGUUACACCCACCAGCACCAGCUCCACUCGCUCUUCAGUAGGUAGCCGAGCCCAGCCUGCCGUUAGCUUAGCCAGACUCAGUCUGCUCUAGUGCGGCCUAGUGUUAGGCUCCACCCCCUCCACCCAACCCGUCCAUCUGUCCACCGGAGAACCUGAAGAGCCCACGGAGGGGGGGGGGGUAAGAGGAGAGAGAGAGGGGUGGGUGGAGACUCGGUGAGGCAAUGGACAGAGACAUGGACUGAUGGAUGAUUGGAUGGAGCGGGUUGUUGAAAAUAAACCGCUAAAUUGCUGUUAGACUGUGUGUUGAAUCUGGACAGACAGACACGGGAGGGAGGGGAGAGAAGAGGGCGCACACGCUGUAGUUAGCUUUGUUCAUCUAUACACAAUGUUUCCCAUUACGUAACACACAAGCUGUUUGUGUGUGUGUGUGUGUGUGUGUGUUGUUUCUACAUUUUAUCCACCUGUCACUAGUGUUUCCCCCACGUGUUUGUCUCAAGCGUUGAUCCAAGUCGUUGGAACAAUUAACAGAGUAGUCACUACACACUGGAACAAAGCAUCUGCUACAUUAGCAAACAUCUGUCAUGUACACAAACUUUAGGAUGGACACAACCAUGUCCGGUGCAUCUAUGCUUCUUCAGGUACUCCUACGGACACACAUUCUCAGGCUGAAUCUGUGCGUGCGUGUGUGUGGAUAUCAACACACAGUCACUGGCUGUUUUCCAUAAGCAUGUUUAUGUUUGUUCGCCAUUUAUUGACCUUCACACUACACCCGUAACACAAACACACCACACCAUCAUGUAUUAACUCAAUGGCUUCAUUUUUAACACGCAAGGAUAGAAACUCUCACUAACUUUGACAUGAAAUAUGUUUAGAAUACCAUCAUUGUUUUUAGCAGCUGUAACAAUUGGAGGGAAAACGGA